AUGAAUGAUCAAAAAAAUAAUAUUUUUGCUUCGACCCGUUCUACUUACACGUCUGAUAUUGACACUUCUGGCGGAAAUGCUUCGACUACCGAUUUAAAUAAUAUUAAUAAUGAUCCUUUUGUAAUUUUAACUCGUUCUCAAUUUUUACUUUCGCCUCAACCUGAAUUUUCACAUUCUCAAUUUUUACACGGACAACAUUUAUUUGUUGAAACACAACAGCCUCAACCUUUUUUUACGCUAAAUCCUCAUCCAAGCCAUCAUCAGAAUGAGCCCAUUACUCCUCAACAAAAUAAUCAAGCUAAUACAAUUAAUAGUAACAUGAGUAAUAUGAAUAACAUGAAUAAUAUUUUAUUAGAUCAAUAA